AUGUCGCCGCCGGGCGGCAGCAGGAUCGCCCGUGCGACGGUCGGGCGUCGCAGCGGAGGCGACGCGCGACGGAAAGAAGCCGAAGUGAAGCCGGCCCCGGGCGCGGUCCCGAAGGGCCGUCAGAAGCCGUCGGCCAAGGAGCAGGCUGAACAGAAGAGCACGGCCACACCCUCGAGCUACACAUCCCCCUCCGCCAGAAGCUAUGGCGGCUCCUCCAGUGGCACCAGAACGGCGCUGGGAACGGGCUACGGCUCCAGCUUCCGGUCGAGAUAUGACCCCAGCGUGACGUCAUCAUCCGCGGCCCGGACCCCGUCGGCGGCCAGAAACAGGUCGCAGUCUCGAGACCGGUUCGGCGGCGGCCUGUCGAGCGAGCCGUCCCGGACCGCCGGCGCCGACUCGACCCGAGUCUCUCGCGGCGAGACCGACCCGGGCGGCGCCUCCGAUCGCUUCGGCUCCCGCCUCGCCGCCUCCUCCGGCUCCGGCUACCAGAGCCGCUUCGGCUCGCGCCACGACCUCGCAAGGGAGGAGGCCAAACCGAAUGCCGCGGCCGGCCGGGGUGGCGACGGUGGCGACGCCGGCAACGCCAGUCGACCUGGACGAGCCGGUGGCGGCGCCGGUACGGAGGGGAGUGAGCGCUGGAGCAGGCUGGGCGUGACCAGGAACCCGCCGCCGGCCUUGGCGGCGCGCGCAGCGUACCUGAAGGCGAUCGGCAGGGAACCGGAGCGCGAGCCUUACCAGAAGAAGGCCUCGGAUGGGCCACAGCGGGCGGCACCGGCAGCGGCCGGCUCGGACGCGUCUCGUCCAAGCCGGCCGACCUCGCUGCUGACGGGAGUGUCCGCGGCGGGCACGAGGUCAGCCGCCGCCAGUCAGGUCAGGCCGCCGGUCACGCCCCAGGUCAGGUCACCGUUGUCGCCUCAAGGCAGGUCGCCGACGUCGCCCCAGGCCAGGCCGGCAGUGGCGCCGCAGAUGCGAGCGUCGGUCGCGCCUCAGGUCACUUCGCCGAUAUCCCGGGCGGCAUCCAGACCUGUGGGCUCCGUCCUCCCGCCCCCGUCCGCCCCGACCAAGCCCCCGCCCGCCGCUCCCGCCCGCCGGUCGUCCUCCUCGUCCUCCGUGUCGUCCUCCGAGGAGUCCAGCUCAGAGGAGUCGGAGGAGUCCCCAAAGCCGGCGGCGGCCGCCGAGCCUGCGGCGGCGCCGGAGGCGGCCGGCCAGCCGGCGCAGCGGCCGCUCCGCUUCCUCACCAGCGGCUACUCGCCCGGCUACGCCAAGAUGGCGGCCAAGACGAACGUGUCGCUGCCUCCGCCUGCCGACUUCGACUUCGAGUCGCACAAGAAGUACCUCGUCCGCGAGAAACCGACCGCAGUGUACGCCAUGUCGCCAGAGACUGCCGCCGACCUGGAGAGAGCUCGGACCAAACGCGAGGAGGCGACGGACGUGGACGCGACGCGGACGGCGGCGGCAGAACCAAAGCAGCAGGUCUACGUGUCGACGAUCCAGGCGGCUAGCUCGCAGGGCAAAAUUCCGAAGUCGCCACUGGAGGGCCUGGACCGGUUGCUGGUGACGGCGCCCAAACCGUACCAGCAACCGGCCAGGGUGGGCGGCGGCGCUGGCAGCCGGCCGGCGUCACCCACCGACGCUCGGCGCGCUUCCGUGCCGUCCUCGCCGCUGCCGCCGCGUCCGCGCAACAAACAGUUCCGCAAGUCAGCCAUGAACAUGUGCGGUGACGGUGGCGAAGCGGCGGCGACGGCGGUUGGGCAGAGGAGCUCCGCACGCGGAGCGCGUGCCGUGAGUCGGAGCUCCUCUGGUGGCAGUCGGCGGGGCAGCGAGCAGAGCGACGGCGAGCCGGCGGAGCUUCUCUCGGUCAGGAGCGGUGGCUCGCGGCACGCGCUCUCCAGGGAAUCGUCGCGUCGCAGCGUGGCUCGCGCGUCGUCCUCCAGCUCUUCCAGCGAGUCGGACACCGCGCUUACCUCGUCCACGUCCGUCAACCGGCGCCUCAGAAAGAAGCGAUCCUCCAACGACGUCAGGAGGUCGAAAGAGGACCUGGGGAGGCCGGCACGGGGUACGGGAUCGGACAGCCGUCCGCAGGUCUCGGCGGAGGCGCCGGUCGACAGGAGGGCGUCGCCGCUCAGCUCUCGUGAUGGACCCAGCUCAGGCAGGUCGUCGCAGGCGGAGGAGGGCUCCUUCUGGACGUUCGAGGCCAGUCCGGCUGAGCGCAGGACGGCGCCGCUGUACCCGAUCAGGAGCUCGUCCGUCUGGUGGGACGUGGACGAGAACAAGUUCAACGAGUCUGCGCCACAGCACGCCGAGCCGCCACAGGACGAACCCGAGCUCGAGGCGCGCUUUCAGGCGUUCCCCGUGCGGCGCAACCUGUCGGAGCCGCGCGCCUGGUGGGAGGACGCCAUCGAGGAGCAGCCAAAGUCGCCGCCGCCGCGGGUGGUCAGUCCGGUCCGCUUCAGAACAGCGCGUGAGAUGCUGGGCCUCUACGACGAGGACGACGACGAAGACACCAGCACUGAUUCUCCGCCGGUGGGCGAGCGGGCCGCCGGCUCGUCCGCCGCUGCGCCCGGCCCGUCGACGUCGGUCAGCUCGUCCACGGAGACGGAGAGCUCGAGCUCCGAGUCGGGCUCGUCCGUGCACCAGGAAGUGGGUUCGGAGGAGAGCAGCGACGAGGCGGCGGCCGGCGACGGCGCCGCCGGCUCCGACCCCCGCCUCCGCUUCUCGCCGUCGAUGCCAUGCCAGCGCGACUCCGGCUACGGCACCGGCGAGCGCGGCUCGCCCGACCGCGUCAGCUUCAUCGGUCAGUGUCAGGACAUUGACGCGCUGCUGCGCGGCGAGGCGCGGCCAGACUCGUUCGAGGAGUUUGAGCGGACGCUGGCCGGCAGCGAGGCGGUCGAGGAGCCAAGCUCGGCCGGCGGCCCGGCGCACAGCGAGGAGGAGCGGCUCGCGGCCAAACGUAACCUCUCCCUCUUCAUCGUUGCGUAA